UGAAGGACAUUGAAACCAUGCACAAUGCUGUAUAAAAAAACAUGCGACAGAGCUAAACAAAGCAAUGUCAUACCGUGCGUUAAUUGUUAACAUAUUCUAAUUUGUAGGUUAUGGAAUACGUUAGAACAAACACGGUCAAGUGCAACACGAUGUUAUUUCGCACAGUCGAACAUUCAUGUGCGUUCAAACAAUGCGCAUUAAAAGGAGCGGUUCUACUAUUAAUACAAUGUAUACAUGAAAUUUAAGUAGUCAACGUCGUUUCUUGAAUAACUAAGGCUGAUGGAUGAUAUCAGGACUAAAAAAGGCGAACGUUUAAAUAUGUGCGAUAUAUGUGGCACAUAUAGUGAUGAGACUUUUUACUGUGUGGAAUGCUCCCAGCCGCUGUGCAAGAAUUGCGUGCCGCUUCAUAAUAAUUUUAGACUCUUAAAAGGCCAUAACAUUAACAUUAAAGCGGUUAGAUGUGAGGAUACGGUUAAGCAUGAUUACGUAAAUAUCUUAGCAUCGAAUAACCGCAAAACUUCGGAUAACGUUACGCCUGUUGUCGUUCACACGGACAAAGAAGCGAGUAUUUACACUGGCUAUGAUGAUGUUGCGAACAGGUCGGAGAAAACAGUUGUCAAUUAUGUCGACGUUACAGCCAAUAUUGUUCUCAAAAGCACUGAACGAGCAGCUCCAGACAACUUCAAUCAGGCCGACUGGACGGAUGGUUGCUGGAAAUCUUUGUUUGUCGAUACUCAUCACAGCGUUCUCGAUAAUAACGACGUAAAAAAAUCACCGUCUCUUAGUUUCAUGCCAAAAAAUCUUGACGCGUUAAAGCGUCCUUCCUUUAGCAGUGCGCCCGAUAUAUCUGCUUGCGGUCGAACGGAUAUGCCUCCGCCCAAAGUAUGCAGAGACUCAUAUGAGGAUACAAGUGAUGUGGUCUAUAUUUACUCUUCUUUUAAUGAAGUAAGUGACCUUGCAAAAGAAGAACAAAUGAAAUCUUUCAAAGUCAACGGCAAGAUUUCCGCAUGUACUGAUGUCAGAGGGGACUUGCUUGACUUGCCAAGGAAACAUGGUAGUUGUGGAGACGUUAAUGUGACAAAUUUUCACACUUAUGUUAAUGAUCCAAAUCACCCCAUCUGUAGGUUAAUAAGAAAAUUGCCUGAACUUCCAAAUACCGGAUCUUCUAAGUUUAGUUAUAUCUCUGGUUAUGUUAACGAGCCAAAUACAAGUUUAAGUAAGAAAGGUGCAGAAAUAAAUCGUCGCAGACAGUUGUCGGAACCAUCAUUAAACGAAACCACACAUUUUAACCAUGCAAAUGUUCAUGUUAACGUAACCAAUAGUGCGAAAACUGAAUCCGUCACCACGAAAAGCACUCCGGGAAUUCGACCACCCGACUUAACAGAUAUUGGAAUAUCACCUAGACGUAUGCACCAGAACAAAAGAGGCGAGGCACGAACUCCAGAAGAACCACGUAAAUUACAAAUGGUUUCAGGUGAUCACUUCCAUGUCCAAAUUGAGAACACUCCUCUCGCAUCAAAAAGCAAAAUAGUGGGAGAACGGAUGUUGGUGGUGGAAGAAGGACAGAUGAGAAUACUGGACAAAGAUACAAAAUUGUGUAUAGCGACAUUCCUUUUACCUUGGAUACGAAAAUUUAGUUGUCAUGGUGAUAACUUAAGCGUUAAAGUGGGAAAGAAAAGCGCAUUUGGAAAAGGAAUCAUUCAAAUUCGAAAUCAUCCCUACGUCAUUGAGGAAAUAUUAGGAUUAGUUCGUGGUUAUUGCAAACAUAAAUAUUCCUUAUCCUAAGCCUGACGUAUCUAAAAAAUGAUAUGAUGUGACGAAAGUACGCGUUCAAUUCGUGGUUCAAUUUGCAAUGGAAUUGUAUUUAAUUAAUCUUUGUCGUUCUUAUGACUAAGUGACAACCCUUUCUACGGUUAUCCUGCAAUGGACAUGUUCAAUAUAUUGUUUAACUCUAUAAUCAUGUAUUGACGGAUGAAUGUAUCUAGUGUUUUCAAUGUUCGACUGAACUGAUUUUCUGUAACAUACUUAUAUGACCUAUAAAUUAAACUUACCAAAAGAUUAAAAUUAAAUUUACAAAAAUAUAACAUUUCCUGUAUAUAUACAUGUAUAACAAGUAACUUGAUAGCUGUUACUAUAUUAACGGUGGGCAUUGGCGGACUAAACGUUUGUCAAGGAAACCAAUGGUCCUAUUCAAGUAUGAAGUAGCUGAUAUUGUUACAAUAAUGUAAAGACUAGCCGAACAGCAUGGGUAGUUUUGAUAAUGUUAUUGUUUUGUUUCGUUGAAUACACAGCGAGUGUCUUGGUUUCGGUUAUUUAUUUUUUGUCCGUUAAAUGUAUCGCUUGAUCUCGUAGUACAGCAUGCGCAGAUGGAAAACUGUUAAAGCUUUAAUAACAAAUAAACCAUUGUAUUUCGUGUCGAUGCUUUGUUUUUUGUUUGACGCAUUUUAGGUUUAGGUUUUAAUGUUUGUCGGAAGCAUUAUAAUGUAAAAAAGUUCUCGGAGGUGAAUUAAAUUUUGAGAUAACAUG